AUGCAUCGCGGCUGGCCUUGUGGCGGUGGUGGCGAUAGGGCGGAACACAGCAAGGAUCACAAGAAGAAGUUCCUGAGUAAGUCGCAAGCGCUGGCGACAUCCAAGCGCACGGAUUUACUCAAGACGCAUCAUGUGUUUGGAUUCGCCAUCGACGCGUCCAAGACGAAAAGUGCAUUGAAGGCCAUUGCCAAGCGCAACAAGGCAGCAGCAUCUGCCAGCAAGUCAAAGAAAGGAGUGGCCAAGAUAGGCAAGGCAAAGAAACAGUGUGGGAUGACCACCUCGGCCAAAGCCGAGGCAUUCACGAGUGGCUCCUCCACGCUCCUCACAACUUGCAACUACGGCGCCACGAUGAAGUGUGCAUUUUGGCUAAAAAAGACGGACGUCCUGGACAUUACUGUCAUUCCAUCGUCGUUUGAGACGGUUAACUUUGCCGACUUGGACCGAGAUGUGAAGCUUGUCGGUCAGACCGUCCCUAUCGGCACCCGUGUGCUUAAAGUGACCAAGGCCAGGGUACGGGGGUACCCGGACAAGGACUUCAACAACCUGCAUUUGCCGCCAUCGAUGGAAACUUUGGACUUUUCCGACAACCAACUCGAGGUGUUCAACCCGUCCGAGUGGGCCGAGCUGCCUUUGACGGAACUCUACGGUCCUGCAGAACAACGCCUCGAACAACUGAAUAACGUCACCUUUUCUCCGACGUUGCACACCAUUAUCCUCGCGGACAACUGGCUGAAGCGAUUUACGAACGGCACGCAGUUCCCUGCCGCCCUCAAAACGCUGUGUGCGAUACAGUUCCUCACGACACUGGAGGACCUGCCGCCGCUUCCGUUCAGGCUCAAGAAGCUCUUCCUCAUCGGCGACACCCUCAUGCGCUACGUCGUCUCCUCCGACACGUACAACCGCCUCAACGACGUCAACGCGGUCACGGUGCCCGCCAUGAUCGCGCCGUGCCCCGACGGGUCCCUGAAGUCCCCCACACAACCUAAAGCCAACGAUGUGUUUGUGUGCGUCGCGGCCUCGUCAUCCGGGUCGUCGUCGACGCUGCCGCUGGUCCUGGGGCUCGUGGGGGGUACUGUGUGCAUCGCCGCGAGUGCCAUGUACGCUUACAGCCGCCACAUGGACAACAAGGGCAAUCAUCGCGGGUUCAGAUCCAUCUCUCCACCCCCGCUCAUUGAGUUUACGUUGGACGGCAUGACUACUCAUACAAGUAGCAGCAGCAAUGAGCCCAAGCGACGCCAGUAUCCUCCUGCUGCUGAAAACGGCCAUCACCAACAACCUAGGGUGAGCCACGCCAAAUUGUCCAGCGACAGACGCCUCCCAUCGUCCAGCGUGGGACUGCCCGAGUUUCCAAGGCUGCUCCAGCAGCAUCCGUCCUUGCAACCGUAUGCGAUUGCGUGCGACUCGGUGGAUGAUCUAUGUUCGUUCGUCGGGGACACGUCGAUCGGGGCGUUGGGCAGUCAACGGGUGGUGGUGAAACCUCUCUUUAGUGACCACCAAGUGGACGUUUUCACCAUGUACACCACCGUCGCGCACCCAAAGAUUGUGUCGUUGAUGGGGGAGACGUGGGAUAUCAGCGGGUCUUUGAGCAUCGUCAUGCCGUUCUACGGCCGCGGCUGCCUCCGGUCCAUGCUUUUCGCCGACGCCGUACCCCUGGGCCCCCUCUCUGGGAGCCCCGUCAAGCUUGGUCUGGCCAUCGACGCGGCCGAAGUCCUCAUGUUCCACCACUUUCUCCGCCAUCCGUUCGUGCACUUGAAUGUUUCGGCCAGCGCCGUCUAUGUCAACGACCACUGGACCGCAGCAUUGCGGCUCCCCGGGGUCGACCGAGGACAUGUGGGGGUGCGGAAGCCGUGGGUCAUCCCAGAAAUCCUUCGGGCGUCGUCCCCGCAUACCCCGAAAGCUGACUUGGAGUGCUCUUGUGACAACGACGUCGUUGUUUUGUCCGAUGACAAGCUCACGGCAUUCGGCAUGCAAUGCCUCGACCUUGACCCGACCAAACGGCCGAGUGCCAUGGACGCAGUGUACGAAUUGCGCAACUUGCUACAUUUAGUGGUCUUGGAGAAGUGA